AUGGAGCUAAAAACUGCCAAAUAUGAUCUUAAGUCAUAUUCAAAUGUAUAUGAACCUAGAGAAGAUUCAUUUCUAAUGUUAGAUGCUUUAGAAUUGGAAAUUACAUUCUUGAAUAAUUUAAAGCCAGUAUUUGCUCUCGAAGUUGGAUCUGGAAGUGGAGUGAUUAUCACAUCCUUGGCCUGUGUUCUUGAACAAUGUGUGUAUUUUGCUAUUGAUAUCAAUGAUCAGGCUUGUCUGGCCACAAAAAACACCUCCCAGCUUAACCAGUGCAAUAUUGAAGUUUUGAAUUCAAAUUUAACAGAUGGACUCAAAGAUUGUUUGUUUGAUUUAGUGAUCUUCAAUCCUCCUUAUGUUGUUACUGAUCCGGGGGAAUAUGAGAAGGGAAUGAUAAAUAAAGCUUGGGCAGGAGGAGUUUCAGGUAGAAACAUAAUAGAUGAAUUCAUCGAUAAACUUCCAAAUGUACUUUCUGAAUCUGGUGUUUGUUAUCUUCUUUUGUUGAAAGAGAAUGAUAUAAAUGCAAUUCAGAAAAUUUUAGGCAAAUUGAAUUUCACAAGUGAGAUUAUUUUAGAGCGGAAAAUUGUUGGUGAACAUUUAUUUAUUAUGAAAAUUCGAAAAAUAAGAGGAAUGAAUAAAUGUGAUUUGGUGAUUGAACUAAAAUGAGAAAAUGUUUUUUUCCCUCUACUUGCUACAACCUUUAUCAUUUGAAUAUUCAAAGAAAAAGCAGUAAUUUUCGAAAUUUUCCUUACAACAUAUAGGUAUUCUGUAAAUUAGCAUAUAAGUUUCAUUUAUCACAAAUGGUCUAGCUGGUUCUUUUGUAAUUGGGUAUUUUAGAUAAAUAAUAAUUGUUUUUGAAUAGUUCCAAUUUUGUAACAGUAGAAUAAAAUCACAAAUAUAAAUUUCAAACAUA